AUGUUGUCUGCCAUGCUGAUGGACGCCUACCGUGAUGAACACCCCGGGAUCCGCAUCGCCUACAGGACGGACAGUCACCUCCUAAAUCAACGGCGGAUGCUCUUCCAAUCGCGCGUCUCAACAACCACGGUUCACGACCUUCUCUUCACCGACGACUGCGCCCUGAACACCACCUCGGAAGAGGAUAUGCAAAGUAGCAUGGACCUCUUCUCUGCCGCCUACAAGAACUUCGGUCUGGUCAUCAACACGCAGAAGACGGUGGUCAUGCAUCAAACGCCACCCAACUCAGACACUCCUCCCAACGCGCCGCAAAUCAGCGUGAAUGGAACGCAACUGCAAGCGGUGGACAACUUCCCGUACCUGGGCAGCACCCUCUCCCGUAACACCAAAAUCGAUGACGAUGUCGCUAACAGGAUCUCGAAAGCCAUUCAAGCCUUCGGCCGCCUCCAAAGCACGGUUUGAAAUUGUCGCGGUCUUCACCUGAACUCGAAGCUGAAGAUGUACAAGACCGUCAUUCUGCCGACGCUGCUGUACGGAUUGCAGACUUGGACAGUGUACCCAAAGCAGGCAGGCCGACUGAACCACUUCCAUCUCAGUUGUCUUCGCUGGCAGGUUCUUAUCCCCGACACUGAUGUACUUGAACGGACGGGCAUCCUUAGUAUCUACACCAUGCUGAGACAAAUGCAGCUGCCCUGGAGCGGCCACCUGGUGCGCAUGGACGAUCAGCGACUACCCAAACGACUCUUCUACGGAGACAUCGCAACGAAUUCUUGA